UUUGAUGUUAUCAACCCCCAUAUUUUUAAAGGUUUACUACACUUCACAGCAUUCAAUAUCAAUUUGGGGUUUUCAGAAUAACCACAUUCUUUUUAUUGGUAUGAGGAAAACAACUUGCGUUUAGAGUAUCUCGGACUGACUGAUACGGUUGGUUAUCUGGGAACUUGAUAUGUGUAUGUUCCGCGGGGUUGUUGUGUGAAAUUGACAAUGAAAUAUUUUGAACGCGCGGAAUGUAGGGUAUGCGUGUUUAUGAGCGUUUAGUAAGCGCAUGUGGUAACUACAGCCGCUCAUGUGUGGGUUUACGUAGUGUAGAUCACAUCUAAAAUUAGUGUUUUACAAUUAAAAACCCACUAUGCUGUCACGAAUUAGAAAAAAAUGAAACUAGCAUUGUGUGUAUGACGAGGCGUUGUUUAUGCCCGAAAAGCUUAGUAGAAUUAGCUAAGUGCGGCUGAAUGUUUCCAUCGAAUUGACGUACAGCAAAUCGUAUCAAAGGGUCAGUUAUAAUUUGAGGCUCGAAUAAAGGUUAUUAGGUACAAUUUAUCCAUCGAUUACUUUGACUGACGCUAAUUCGUUGUGUGAAGAAAAUUCUUUCCUCAAUUCCCGUCGUUUUUCGAGUCGCAAGUCAGAGAGGUGUUAAACGUGCAAGAAUAUUCCUGACGGAGGGUUAAAUGAUGUCAUGUCUUUGACUGAUUAUUAGAGUUUCGUUCAACGAAGUCCUUGAUACGACACUAAAAUUUAUUGUACUUUAGCCAGCAUUUAAACCCCGCCUUGUAUUUUCGGUGCUUUGGGUCACUAACUUCUCUGGGAAUUUUAUACUGAUCAGCGUUUUCUUCGUUUCGAACCAUCAAUCAUUGCAACAAGAAACCGCGGGAGAAACACACCCACUGAACAGUACAUGUGGGAAAGAAAAACAAUAGUUUUGGAAAAGGCCAAUUCAAAUCAAGGUUUUGGUAUUGCUGUUUCUGGUGGAAAAGAUAACCCACACUUCAAGAGUGGAGAUACAUCCAUUGUUGUCUCUGACAUUGUACAGGGAAGCCCCUCAGAUGGACUACUAAAGGUUAAUGACAUCAUUCUUCAAGUCAAUGAUGUAAAUGUUGAGAAUGUGAUGCAUUCAAUGGCAGUGCAAGCAUUAAAAGACAGCGGCAACUCUGCACGACUUGCCAUUAAACGAAGGAAGUCUAUGCCCGCCAUGGGAACUCCUAGAGAAGGAAGUAAGGUCCCACAGACUGUCACCCUCAUCAGGGAACAGCAAAACAAAGGGUAUGGUUUUUCUCUUGGUGGAUCUAUGUUCAUAAAAGAGAUUGAUAAGAAUGGCAUGGUAGCAAGGCAGGGUGAAUUAAAGUCUGGAGACGUCAUUCUGAAGAUUAAUGACAGAAAGUCGGAAGAGAUGAGCUUGAGGGAAGCAAUUGAAACGGUUCGUCGCUCAAACAGACUGGAUCUUCUGGUGCUCAAAGAUGACAACCUUCCCCCUAGUUACAGCACACACUCUCUGCCGCCAUCAUUCAGACAGAAAGAUGGGUCUAGAGACAGGAACAUGCCUAAUGGCUAUGGUGAAGAACCAGAACCAGAUCUGCCUCCAAGGCACUACAGUGAUGAAGACCUACCAGAGCGACCCCCACCUCCCUCAGAUAAAGACAACAUGCUUUUUUCAGAAGCGAGCUGGAAAAGGCCUGAUACAGGUGAACGUGUUUCUGGGUAUGACAGAGAGGAUGUCUUCAGACCUGUGGAGAGUGCGCAAGUGGAAUCAGAACCUAAUUUUCCAAAACCUGCAGAAGUGUCAUAUACACCUGGUGGUUUAAGUUCUUGGGGGAGAAAUUCUUCUGUGAAUGAAUCAAGAUCAAGUGUCAAUUAUGUUGAGUCAACCUCAAGUUCCCCCCGCAGUGAUCGUCGUGACAUGGAUUCAGUAGAUCGCAGGAGAUACAGAGGAGAUGCCCGUCUUGUUGCCUUCCGCAAGAGUGGUAGUCUUGGCAUUCAGGUAUCUGGUGGAAACAAAUCUGGUAUUUUUGUGGCAGCUGUUAAGGAGGGAAGCCCAGCUUACAAUGAAGGAUUAAGAAAGGGAGACCAGAUACUAAUGGCCAAUGACAUAGAUUUCAAAGACAUCACAAGAGAAGAAGCUGUCUUGAUCCUGCUGUCUCUUGGAGAUGAAGUCAACCUGUUGUGCAAGUACAGGAGACAAACUUUUGACAAAGUCAGCAAAGAAUCAGGAGAUUCGUUUUACAUCAAGGCUCAUUUUGAUUAUGACAAGAUGAAGGACAAUGAGCUGGAAUUCCAGAGGGAAGAUGUGCUCCAUAUCUGGGACACCAUGCAUGAUGGUGUGAUAGGAACUUGGCGUGCACAGAUUGUUACAAAACAAGGUUACGAAACAGACGUCGGAAUAAUACCAAACAAGUCCAGGGCUGAGCAGCUAGCCCAGGUGCAACAUAAAGUUGAAGAAAUGAUACCAAAGAAGGGAAAUAGUAAUUAUGGAAGUCUAAAAAGGAGCAAUUCCAGAGGUGGAACCCUCAAAAAAUACAAGUUUGUUUCAUCUGAUCAUCUGGAUGAGGAAUCCUUCAUUUCUACUGAAAGAGAAAACAAGCUACCAGCUUACGAGAGAGUUGCUCUCAGAAAACCUGGAUUUAUCAGACCAGUGGUUUUACUGGGUCCAAUUGCUGACAUAACAAGAGACAAGCUGUUACAAGACAUGCCAGACACAUUUGCCAUUCCAACUGCCUUUGGUGGAAUGCAGCCUCUAGGCAGGAGCCCGAUGCGAUCGUCCCGUCGCUCGCUCAGCUACACGUCAAUCAAGGCUGUGAUGGACAGUGGUAAACACUGCUUGUUGGACAUCACACCUGAAGAAGUGGAGAGGCUUAACUUUGCUCAGUUGUAUCCUAUUGUCAUAUUCCUGAGGCCACCCAACAAACAGAUGGUCAAGGAAAUGAGAAGUGGCGCUGGUGAUCAAUCUGCUAAAAUGAUCAAGAAACUCCAUGACAACUCGCUGAAACUGGAGCAGUUUUACAGCAACAUGUUCACAGCUGUUAUUCCCGCGGGCUCCAUGGACAACUGGUAUUCACGGGUUAAAGAUGAAAUUAAGAAACAGCAGGAAGAUCCUGUGUGGAUGUCUGAGGACAAGUUUGACGAGCAGGAGGACAUUGAAUUCCGCAUGCCCAGUCGCUACUCGCAGUCAUAUGAUUUUGACUCCACGUUAGACUCACCAACUGUCCGCUCGUCUACGUCGACGCAGCCUGUUGACGAAGACGCUGUGGUGGCUGAUCAUGGCUAUGAGGUUCAUUCUGAGCCACCAGCACGCGAGCGUGAUACCCGGGUCCGCCCCGCGUACUCUGAGCCGCAACUCCGAUAUGACGACCCUGAACAGCAAGAUGAUUAUGGACCAAGGUCUCGUUAUGACGACGAGGACUUCCGUAACGGAAACAAGCCGGCUGGGUUUAAGGAGGAUACACUGGAAAGGCAGAGACCGUCAUAUAAGCCCUCUGGAAAUAUUGUCAAGCUACUUCCAUCUCGAGAGAAUCCAGUUGAACUCAGGGAAUCACUCAAAAAGACCCGAAUGCCCGACGGAUACGAUCGCCCCGAAGCCGACGCGGAAGAGUUGCGAAUGAAGCGCGAAAGUCUUCGUAAAGUCGAAGGUGAUUCCGAUCUUCUUAAGGAGUACGAUGAACGUGUUGGAGUUCCAGUUUCUAAGCUGUGGGCAAUCGAUAAUGAGUCGAGCCAGCGCCGAGAGCAAAUUGAUCGUGUCCGAGAAUCGCCGAUUGAAGUUGAACUGAAAAAGAAAGAGCCAGAUAUGGACCUGGAAAAACGCUUGGAAGAUCUGGAGUCCACGUUAAAACCCCAGCGACGGCGCUCUAUCGAAGAACGUAAACCACGUCCAUAUUCAGAAUCUUAUGACAGAAAGCCGCGUAACAUUGUGGUUGAUUAUGCGAACCCAGACAAGCAAGAAAAUGUGGCGCAUUCCAGUUACUAUCCAACGCGUAGUUAUCCAACAGUAACGCGUUUUGACCGCGAGAAACCUGCGGAACCUGAGAUUCGUGCAAACGUUGCCGAUUUUCGGGUGGAAAGUGCCCCUCAGAGAGAUUUUCCAGUCAGUUCAGAUAACAGAACAGGCAGCCUACCUCGCGAGCCUCGAUACAGAGCCGAAGUUACGAUCCCAACCCGAAGAGAACCGAAGUUUGAAGCGAUAAGACCCGACCGUCCUCGAUCUGCGUAUGCUGGCUACGCUCCGAAGCCCUUCAAUGCCAGUUAUCCCGACAGGCCAUCGUCUGGCGACAGGCCUUCGUCACGCGAUCCACCCACGAGCAGACCCUCGGACGGACCUCGAGUUGGCGACCAAGUGUCCUACAAUUUUCGUUUGUCGGGAUCGCCUCGGUUUUCCCGACCAGAGCGCGAACCAGAGCCGAGACCGACGACGUACAGAACAGAGUACCGGCACAAGGUUUCCACAGACUUUGACAACAUGGAUCAUGAAGGACAAAAUGUCGUGACAAGCGAUUUUGAAUCCCUGGACGAGGACACUCAAGUCGUGGCCACCGCCAGGGGCAAGUUCACUUCCCAGGGAGGAGUCCUGUCCUCCCCAGAGUCCGGGGUCAGUAUCGUCAUUCCUGAAGGUGCCAUCCCCCAGGGAGUGGAGCAGGAAAUCUACUUCAAAGUCUGCAAAGACAACAACUUCAUGCCUCCGCUUGACUCGGACCGAGGAGAAACCCUCCUGAGUCCGUUGGUGAUGUGUGGUCCUCACGGCACACAGUUCCUCAAGCCUGUGGAGCUUCGCCUGCCUCACUGUGCCUCCAUGACUCCUGAUGGCUGGUCAUUUGCACUCAAGUCCAGUGAUACACCCACAGGUCAGCCGUCCGAGUGGAAGAACGUGGCACUUCAUGGUCGUGACUCGCGAGGAGACCAGUGCCAAGUGGAUUCCAACUCGGUCUCAGUCCUUGUGGAUCACUUCUCUGCUUUUAGCCUGGUCGGCAGAGCUCGUCCUCACACACGAGGCAAGGCUACCAAGCGUAUGCUGGCGGCGGUGUUUGCCCCUCCCCCCAGAGUCAAUGAUGACUGGGCAUUGAAUGUGAUCUUGAUGGACGAUACGGAGGCAGCUUUUAAGGAUGUUUGUAAUUCUGAAUCUGAGCUUGGACGCUUUCCGUUCUCGCCGUUCAAACCCGUUUUAGUUCAUGGUGAUGCCAGUGACGUCAGAGUACAACUUCGAGACCUUAACAACAACUGGGUGGCUCGCUCGGGCUGCAAGAAGUUUAUUGAAUUUCACGACUCCUGGGAGGCAUACCGUCAUGCUCCGUGCGUGGAGUUCUUGAUCCGUGACCGCAACUUCAGCCCAAGCAGCAGUGUUUGUGUUGUCGACGUCUUCCAGGAGGGUCAUGAAGGCGAAACAGCUGCUGUCAGUGUUUCUACCAGGCCUCGAAAGAUUGGAGGACAGAAAGUUCAAUAUCUCAUUUGAGGAAGUUGGCAGGUUGCAAGAGUUUUUCUGCUGGCGACAACACGCACAGAACUGACACCGUAUUGAGUGUCUCAAAAUGCUAUUUUUAUAGGACAGCGAAACCUGAAUAUGAAUGUUCAGUGACGUACAGAAAACCGUCAAAAUGCAACUUGGUUGUUUGUCAUAUUUAUUUGGCAGCGCACUGCAUUUGAAUGGUUGUCUCGACUGAAACUCCAAAGUAAGCACAUCGUAGUCGUGUUGGUCUUAUUGCAUUUGCCUUUUGUUUCUUUUGCCUGAUCUGGACGGGAAGAAACUUUUUUUUCUGAAGCUUUUAUUGAAGAUAUCGUGAAAGGGGGGUCACUUUUCCGUAAGAAGUAAAACCUGCUUUGAUGGCAGUUACAACCUAUUUUAGGUAAAUUCGUAAAUUCUAUGCAAUGAUCAGUUUGUUGAAACAAAAAUGUAGUAAAAUAGAAAUGAGGCUUUAAAUGAGUUUUCAAAGAGUUAUCCUAAAGCGCUGCGAGUACGCAGAGGAUAAUCUUCAAUUGUGAAAUAUUUCAAUGAGUUAUCUUUUUAGAAUGUACAUGUAUGAUUGUGUUUUAGUAUUUUAAUCGACACAUGAAGGCUAAGGAAGGUUUUAAUUAAUUCACGUAAGGGAGUCACACAAUUUUCAAACAAUAAUUUCGUUUUAACACAGUACUAAAGGAAGUAACGCUUCAAGUUGUUUUUAUGAUUGUUUCUUUGUUACUGUGAAAUCCUUGAAACUUGCGCACCAAAGUAUUUAACUCGCCCAGUAAGGGUUUGUUUGCAGAAUAGAGAAACACAUUUGCUUUUAAACUCAACCUGUUAGAUCCGAGCUGCUCUGCAAUAUGUGUUGUCAAUUUCAUCAUUGGCCGGGAGUAUAUCAUAAACUGGGCUUAAUAGAGUAAUUUUAGUUAAUUCGUAAAGCAUUUUUAGGAAGACAACAAGGCUACAUAUAUACUAUAAUAGUUUUCAAGCGAUCAGGUUUGUAACCCAGUCAAACAUUACGCUGUAUCAAUAAAGUUCGUACACUUUUACUACAUUA